AUGCGCAUCUUCCUCCUACCAUUGACGACCCGUCAAGCUCUUGUAUACUGCCAGAAACCUGUUCAGCAAGCGACAACCAAGCCCAACAGCUACGCAGACCGUGCUACACAGUAUGCUGCCAAAACAUGGGCGCAGUGGGAAACCUAUGACAAGGGAUGGCGCAAGACGGUGAUCAAGUAUGGCAACGCCGGCCUCAAGCGCAUUCCAUAUCAGGAAUGGGGGCUUAAGAGCUUUCCGCCGGGCACGCCAAAGCAGGAGGCGAACACCUUGACUGAAGGCAAGAGGUAUGAUGUGGUCUAUCCCGGGAAUAUCGUACAUGAGGCAGACGUGCCCAAGGUGCUUUACCGACUGGCAAGGGAGCGGAAGACACUGCAUUGGAAUCGCUUCAUCGGCAGCAUGUUCGUCAUGCCGUUGACUGCGCCGUUUGCUCUGGUACCUGUAGCUCUCAAAGGCUCCGAUCACCUUGAGUUCAUCCUGGAAAAUCGACUAAUCAGGCCAAUCUCGACAAAACAGAUCGAGGAUUUAUACGAAAACCUAGCGCCAGAUUCCCCGGAUUUCAACUUCGUGACCGCAGCACAGUUGGAAGAUAAGACUGUGCCGGAUGAGAAGGUUAUCCUACCGGCUGACUGUCACAACAAGGUCGCUAGUGGGCUGGAGGUGCCUGAGCUCAGCAAUGAGGUCGAGCGCGCUGUUUGGCAAGUUAAUGAAGCUCAGCGCAAGAGCCAAAGCCAAGACUCCUUGAAUCAGGAGAAGCGAUAA